AUGCUGCGGAACAGGCGCCCGGCGCCGAAGCCCCGGGGCAGCCCGGCGCUCGUCGAUGGAGGCGCGACGUCGAAUCGCAGCGCCGCGGCGGGGGCCGACGCCGCCGCCGCCGAGUCCUCCGCCGCUCCCGCGUUCCUCGGACCCGCGAUCGACGCCUCGCCGACGGCCGCCGCGGCGCGCCCGAUCAACGUCUCCAACAGCAGCGGCGAGGCGGCGUUCCGGCGGUGGUGGGCUGACGGCCGCCACCUGUCGUCCGCGGACGCCUUCGAGCACGCCACGAUCGCCGACGCCGGCGCCAAGUACGCCGCGGUGCUCUUCGGCAUGGUGCGCACGUGGAGCAUGUCGCGGAAGAUGUUCCAGCGGACCUUCCUCGGGCCCAACGGCCCCAUGGACCUCUUCUUCGAGGUCUACGCGCAGGACGAGGCCGAGGUGGACCUCGUCGCGUCGACGAUCCUCCGGCUCCCGCGGCGCCGCGUCCACGUGGAGCGCUGGGGCGCGCCGAUCAUGGAGCGGCUCCGGACGGACCACCGCGUGACCGUCUGCGCGGACGCGCCGCGGCGCCACGAAAAGUGCGUCGAGGCGGACACGAAGAAGGGGCGCAGCGGCGACCUCAAGGCCAUGAUCUCCAAGGCGCGCAAGGUCGAGCUCGGCUGGCGCAUGCUCGAGGCCCACGUCGCCGCGGGCCGCGGCGGCGUCGACUACGACGCGGUGCUCCUCGCGCGCACGGACCUGAGCUACCCGCCGCAGCCCUUCGACAUGGCCAGGGCCGCCGCGGCCGACGCGCUCCUCGUCCCCGCGGGCGCGGACAUGCCCUUCAACGACCAGCUCGCCGUCGGCAGACCGCGGUGGCUCCGGGCCUACGCGACGGCCUACAGCCACUGCGCGUCGUCGGGCGCCGCGCGCGCGCUCUACGGCAAGGCCGUCCCCAUCGGCGACCACUUCUGCGGCAAGCUCGAGCGCAGCCUCGUGCCGGCGAUCCGGAGCCGCGUGCCCGACGACAAAUUCCGGCGCUUCUGGUUCCAGUACUGGAUCGUCCGCGGCUACCAGAUCCCCUACUUCGAAGAGCACCACGACUUCGCGUACCGGACGUGGGGGUCGCCCUGCUGCUGGCAGCGGCUGAACUGGGCCCAGCCCGCCAUGUCCCUGAGCGUCCUCGUCGACCUCAACACGACCUGCCUCGUCGACCCGAACGUCCUCGGCAAGCACGACAAGAACAGCGUCCGCUGGCCCCAGGGCGGCUCCGUCGACCUCCUCAAGUGCCGUUUCGCGGGGAGCUACUGCGACUUCAAGAAAUACCCGUCGAGCUGCAAGGACGCGAAGGGGCCGCCGCCGGGCCCGGACCACUACCUCCCCGAGGAGCUCCCCGUCGGCGCCUACGAGGCCCCGCGGGAGGCCGCGUACGACGACGGCCCCGCGGAGCGGCGGCGCCUCGCCACGGCGUGCGCGGCCCCUCCCGGAGGCGGCAACGCGACGGUCGUGCGCUUCGGCGCCGUCGACGAGUCCGGCCUCCGCGUCGCCGGCCGGGGCUGGGGACGCGUGGUCGCGAAGUGGCGAUGCGCGAAGCAGAUGAAGAUCGCGGUGCUCGGCGGGUCCAUGACGUGCGGCGGCAACCUCGCGAAGCGGCACAACGACAAGACCAAGGCCUGGCCUGCGCGGCUGCUCGCGAAGCUGCGGUCGAGCCUCGGCGCGGGCGUCACGCUCCACAACGCGUGCGAGCCGGCGUCGUCCCUGGGCUGGUGCGUGAGCCUCCUGUCGACGCACGUCCCGCCGGGCACGGACAUCGUCGUCGUCGACUACUCGCAGAACGACAACCGGCCGACGAUCGAGGACGCGCGCGAGGGCGGCGCGGCCGUCGACGAGCUCGUGAGCGUCGCGGCGGAGGCCUUCCUCGUGGCCCUCGCGAAGCUCGCGGGGAGCCGGCGCGAGCCGCCGCCCGCCGUGCUCUUCCUCACGACGAUCCUGCCGCCCAAGUUCCACCAGCCGACGACGGCGCCGGCCUUAAAGGGCUGGCGCGCGCUCUGGGCCGACCCGGCGCGCGCCGCGGCCUACGGGGCCGUGCUCCAGGGACACGCGCGCAUCUACGACCGCGUCGCCCGAUUCCACGGCGCGUCGUCCUUCGCGCUGCAGGACCACGACGGCCUCUGGCCCGCCGGCGAGUUCCUCGGGAACGCGCGCCUCGACAGGCUCUGGCGCGCGCCGGCGGCCAAGGGCGGCGACGUCGACCACCACCCGGGCGUGCCCGCGCACGAGUUCGUCGCCGACGCGGCGCACGCGGCGGUCCUCGCGCUCGUCCGGCGCGCGGAGCGCGGCGACGGCGCCGUCGUCCCCGACUGGGCGCCGGCCGGCGGCACGCUGGCGAGCGCUAACGAGCUCGCGGAGCUCUCCGCCUGCUCUCUGGGCAUGGCCGCGCACCUCGUCGCCGCCGACGUUGAGGCCGCGGCGAGCCCGGGCGCCCAGGUCCGCGCGGGCGGCGGCUGGUCGCUGCGUCGGGACCGCCCGGACAAGCCGCCGGGCUGGAUCGUCAACGCGACCGCGACCGCGACCUCCGAGCUGUCCAUCGUCGUCCCCUGCGGCCACACGGGCACCGUCGGCCUCGAGUACCUGCGGAGCUACGAGGGCAUGGGCUCCGUGACCGCGACGUUCGCGACGAUCGACGUCGAGAAGAUCAAGUUCAACGAGCUCAUCUGCGCGGGCGACGACGAGUGCGCGGCCUACGCCGCCGCGCCGGGGUCGAAGGUCCGGGUCUCGGCCGUCGACACCGUCGCGCUCAACGCGACGUGGCCCCAGGCCGAGUCCCUCGCCGUCGUGCGGCAGUUCAAGGUCGCGUGCCACAACCACGCCAUGGUGUGGAACCCCGUCGUCGUCAAACUGCGGCCGGACCCGGGCGACCGGGGCAAGUUCAAGCUCCUCUCCAUCUUCACGUCGGCGACGUUCACGGCGUUGCCGCCGCCGAGGCGCGUGCGGCAGUUCGCGGACCGGCAGUUCGGUUUCGGCACGAGCGCGAAGCGCCACUGGUCCUGGUCGCAGAGCGGGCUCGGCGUGCAGUGGGGCCUGCCCGUGUUCCGCGGGUCGUACUUGGCGCAGCGGAGCGACGCGGCGAUCGCCGCGAGCGUCAGCGCCUGGCGCCGGUUGUUGGACAGGGACUGGCCCGCGACGCCGAAGUACUUCGUGUUGGGCUGCCAGGCGUCGCUCCGCAGGAGCGCGAAGCGCUUCGCCGGCGGGUCGACGUCGAAGGGCAGCCGCGGCGCGCCGCUCGCGUUGGAGCGCGGCGCGUCCCAGCCCGCGGCGUCGCCGGCGCCCGCCGUCUGCCACAUGCCCUUGCCGGGCUUCGCCGCGGCGCGCGGCGCGAUCGCGACCAGGAGCGCGAGCGCCGCGUACGGCAUGGCGCGCUGCGUCGGGCAGCCCGGCCUGAUGGUCGAUUUGGGCUGGGUGAAGGUGAAGAUGGAGGUGGUGGACCUGCGGUCGGUGGGGUCGUUGGAGGAGAUGCGGCAUUUGUUGGACGCGCAGCUGCGCGGCGUGUGCGCGCACGAGCUGGCGGCGCCGAGGGCGGCGUGCGUCGACGAGGCGUUCGCGCGCGUGCGAGGGCUGGUCGAGGGGCUCUGCGGCAGCGACCUGGGUCGGGGGCACGCGGCGCGGCUCGAGGCGGUUUCGGACGUGCGCGGCCACCUGGGCCGGCUCGAGGCGCUGGCGGCCGACGCGCGCUCGGUGCUCGAGUGCGGCGUCCGCCACGGCGUCGCGUCGUGGGCCCUCGCGCACGGCCUCGCGCGCUCGUGGCGGCGCAAGGGCCGCCGUCGGCUCGUGCGCAACGACGUCGCGGCGGACGUGGGCGCGGAGCCGCGAUUCCUCGCUGCGGUGGCGGCCGCGGGGGUGCGAGUCGAGGAGCACUGGUCGGUCUCCGACCUACACCUCGACGUCGGCGCCGUGGACGUCGUCUUCAUCGACACGCUGCACACCUACGGCCAGCUCAGGCGCGAGCUCGAGAAGUUCGGCGCGACGACGCGCUCGUACAUCGCCAUCCACGACACCGAAGUCGACGGCCAGCGCGGCGAGGCGUUGGAGGGCCUCGAGGAGCACCUCUCGAUCGAGCGGUGGGAGGCGCUCGACGCGGACACCGCGAGCUUCGACACGGCCGACCUCCUCAAGUUCGCACCGCUCGACCUCGUGCGCCACCCGCUCCCGCCCACCGCCGCGCCGGACAUUUCAGUCACCGCGCUCCGCGCCAUCAUCGCCAAUCAGCUCGGUCACAGCCGCAUCUGGGAGCGCGUCGCGCCGAGCGACGACGAGCUCUCCCCCCCCGGGGGGACGUACGGCGGCGGCGACAACGGCGACGACUUUGAGGCGCGCCGCUUUGACCUCCUCUCGCAGUACGCCGUCAUCGUCCAAGACGACUGCCGCGACGGCGCGACGCGCGACGGCCACUGGCGCCGCUUCGCCCGGGGCGACGUCGGCCCGGGCUACACGGGGUCGCCCUGGGACGCGCUCGUCGCGCGGUCCGUGCACAAAGCGGACAAGAAGAUGGCGCCCUGGCGCUUCGCGCGGCCCGGCUGCGCCUACCACUACUUCGCGCCCGGCGACGCGCGGCGCGCGCUCGACGGCUCGCUGCUCCUCUUCGUCGGCGACAGCCUCCUGCGGGGCCUCUACGCGACGACCGUGCGCCUCCUCGGCGGCGCGGCGAGCGACGACAAGCUCAAGGCGCGCGAGGACGCGGCGCGCGGCAAGGGGGGCAAGCGCGCGUCGAACGACCCCGCGUCGAGGACGUCCUUCGACCUCGGCGGCGCGCGCCUCGCCUACGCGUCCAUGUGGUCCGACGCGGAGCUCGGCGCCGUCAAGGCCGCCGUCGGCCGCGCCGCGGCCCGCGGCCAGCCCUUCGCGCGCGUCGUCGUCGUCGCCAACUGGGGCGCGGAGCACAGCGUCGCCGCGGCCUGCGACAGGGUCGAGGCCAAGUUCGCGCGCCAGGCGAACCGCGCGCGCGACGCCGUCGCGGCCGCGCUCCCCGGGGACGCGCCCCGGUCGCUGGUCGUCGCGACGCCGACGGCGAUGCUCGCGCGGCGGAACCCGGGCAUGACGACGGCGAAGGCCCGCGCGCUCGGGCGCGUGCUCGCGGCGCAGGCCGAGGCGACGCGCCGCGGCGGAGCCUUCGCGGCCGCGGACCUCCUCGACCUCUCGAACCUCACGAAGGCGCGCUUCGACGACGCGACGCUCGACGGCGUCCACUACGGCCAGACCGCCGCGACCAUGGGCGCGACCGUGCUCCUGAACAUGCUCGCCGCGCGGCCCUAG